CUCCGAUACAGAGGAGAGAGGACUGCAAAAGCACAAAGCGCAGACAUCCUCUGCUACUCUGCGCCUCCUGACGAUCCUGAGUUCCUGCUUCCAGCAAUCCAGCUUCCACCUCGAGAAUUCACUCACUUGUCAGCACACAGUCCAGUUCGGUGACCUCGUGUCCUACUCCUACCCCAUCCGGCCAUACAUUAGCAGGCAGUAACCGGGUAGUACUAGCGCUUCCGUCUUCGUCUCUGCUCUCCCAACCUCGCAAGGACACAGGCCACACCGGUCUCCUUUGUCUUUCCGGCGCGCAAGCAAAUUAUUCCUUUGGAGCAACCCCGGUGGCCGGUGCACUUCAGCACUUCUGUUGUGCGGCCGUGCAAGAAACCGCUGCCCUCCAUGGACAACAUGGAGCUGGAGGGGAGGCCGAGGCAGCCGCUGAUGCUAAAGGAGUGGCUGGAGCUGGAGUACAGCGCGGAGCUCUCCCGCGACGACGGCUUCGGCUGCUACCCGCGGCACCUCGCCACCGAGGCCCGGACCCGGACCCGGAGCGCCGGCUGCAGGCGGAGGAGGAGAAACGGCGACGUCAUCGCCAGGGUCUCGGCUGCGGUGAGGGCCGCGCUGUCCCGCCCCCCGCCGUCGGCAUCGGCACGUAAGGGGCUGCGAGUGGUGGGGUUCUGGAAGAAGCGGAGGGGUGAGGUGGAGGAGAUGGACAGGCACAGGCCGGUGGCCAGCUGCUCUGCCACUGCUGCGAGCUCUGCAAGGAAUGAUGGAGCGUCUUCGCCGGCGGCAACGUCUCCGCGGCGGCGCAUGGGUCGGGAGAGUAGCCAGGCCGGUGGCGAUCGCGCAGGUCUCAACGGCGGUCGUCGGAGCCAUGAUACAGCGGUUGAGGUUGAGGGAGGCGAGCGCAAGGCAACGUGCCACCUGGACGAGGAGCGGGGACAGGAGCAGAGGUUGAGCCCAGUUUCGGUGAUGGAUUUCCAAAGCCAAGACGGAGACGACGACUGCAACGACAGCGGCGGCUGCGAUGAUGGCCACAGCGACGACGAGGGCACGUCACCGACGUUUGAGCGAAGCCUGACCAGCAUCCGAAGAGCAAGCCAGCAGUUGCUGGACAGAAUCCGGCGAUUCGAGCAGCUGGCGGAGCUGGACACUUCCGACGUGGACGACGCCACCACGACCGCGGAUGACACGAGCUACCACGCCGGGGAACUGGACUCAGCCGGAGGCGAUGAAGACGCUGAACGUGGGCUUGUACAGCAGGACCUGCCACUGCCAGGACUCCCGGUCCCGGAAGCGGGCUCGCCGUGUGCCGCCCACAGCUUCAGGAAGCUUCUAGAAGAUUUCUUUCGUGAAGGCCUGUCCUCGUGCCAUGCUGGAGGGUCGAACGACUCGGACCUCGAGACGUCAUUGCUGGAGACUGCCAAGGCGUGGCUGGAUGGGCGACAUUACUGCGCCCCGAGGUCGGAUCAGAAGGCGGAGGUGGAGGGGAUCGAGCAGCUUGGACGGUGGAGAUGUUUCAGAGAAGAUGAACAUGAGCUGUUGAGCUUUGACGUGGAGGGUGAUAUAUUCUGCUGUUUGAUCGAAGAAUUAGUUGAGGAAUUGUGCUGAUCGUUGAAGAUUUUGUGGUCUUGCACGUUGUCAAAAAUGUUUACUGGAAACUUUUACAUAUUCACGUCCCGGGUCUUGAGAUAUCCCGCCAAAGGGAGUUACUAGUUAGCUAUUAGUACUUCAGAGUUCAGAGAAUUCCAAACAUGAGCACGGUUGCUUACCCGAUCUGUAAUAACGCUCUGCUUUAUGAGCACAAAUAUAGGCCUUAUUUAGAUGUUAAAUCUUUUUGGAUUUGACUACUGUAGUUUUUCGUUUGUAUUAUCCAAUUAUAGACUAACUAGACUUAAAAAAUUCGU